AUGACCGUGAACGCAUCAACACCAGUUACAUCUGCCCCAGCCGAUGAGCAACGCCGAACAGCAAAUCAGGCCGCCUUCUCACGCGAUCUUGAAUUCCUAUCUUCUCUAGCCAACCCCUACUACCUCAAUCACCUCGCCCUAACCGGCGUGUUCUCUUCCGCAGCCUUCAAACGAUACCUCAAGUAUCUGGACUACUUUCGACAUCCGAGAUACGUCAAGUACCUGCAAUACCCGCAGGCGCUACACUUUUUGGAUUUGCUGCAGAACGAGGAGGAGUUCCGUCUGGCGUGUAGAGAUCCGGCGUUUGUAGGCGAGGUCAUGGCAAAGCAGGUUGGGCAUUGGGCGACGUGGCGGGAUCCGGAGAAUGGGCCGGCAGAGCAGGAUGCACAGGAGGCCGCUGAUGGAGCUGAGCAGACAGCGUAG